GCUUCCAUUGUCGUUUGCCGAAAAUGACUCCUACCUCAAUUUAUCUAAUCUUCGCCAAGUUACUGCAACUGAUUAGCUCUGCUGGUGAUCUUUCUUUUGAUGAUAUAAAUACAAACCAAAGCCCCCCAUACAGUAUUCACUUGCCAGUAGUCGAUCAAAACAAUCCAGUCAAAAUGCUGAAGUUCUUCUUCGUUGCCGCUCUGGUGCCAGCCCUGGUCAUGGCCAACGUCAACUUCCGGGCUUGCCCGAACGGAGCCCCCACCCCAACCUCUCUUACCGUGAACGCAUGCUCCGGAAGUGAGUGCAUCCUGGUGGCCGGACAGCCCGUGAAUGCUCGUGCCAACGGAAUUGUCAGCCCAGUUGGAAGCGCCACUGCCACCGCUCACAUCGUCGCCCGUGUCGCCGGUCUGGAUGUUGGACUCGAACUGCCCGCUGAGCUGGAGAACGCCUGCUUGGCUGGAUUGGUCGGUGGAUGCCCAGUUGUUGCCGGAACCGCCUUCGACUACGUUCUGCUCGACGAUAGCCUGGAUGUACCGGCCCGCGAUAUCCCAGUCGAAAUCGAAGUCGGUCUGACCGGUGAUGGUGGUGUCGCAUUGGCUUGUGUCCUCUUCGAUGCUAGAAUCCAGUAAGUUUGACCGGGAAUAAAUGUUGUUUUGUAUAAAAAAA